CGAACUGUAAGACGCAUACACAGUGGGAGAUUUACACGAGGAUCGGACCGGGUCACACAAGACACGGGCGCUGGGAAGACCAGGCGGCGGUCGGUCGCGUUUCGAUGACGUCUACUGUUUGUUUCCACGUCGCUCGUGAGUAAAGAUGGCGGAAGUGGAUGACUCUAACAAACCCCUGUUUGCAGGGCUUUCUGAUGUUUCCAUUUCAGAAGAUAUCCCCGUUGAGGGGGAGAUCACUGUCCCCGUGGGCCCUUCAUCGCAGGAUGACGCCUACUCUACGCUCGACGAGCCUGUUAAGGAGACAAUCCUCAGGGAUUUGAAAGCAGUGGGAAAGAAGUUUGUCCAUGUGAUGUAUCCCAGAAAAAGCUCAGCAUUAUUACGAGAUUGGGAUCUGUGGGGUCCGCUACUCCUUUGUGUCACCUUGGCUCUUAUGUUGCAAGGAGGCUCUGCAGACAGUAAAGAAGAUGGCGGACCACAGUUUGCGGAGGUCUUCGUGAUCAUCUGGUUUGGCUCAGUUGUUAUAACACUGAACUCCAAACUGCUUGGUGGUACCAUCUCAUUUUUCCAGAGCCUCUGUGUGCUGGGGUAUUGCAUCCUGCCUCUUACCGUGGCGAUGAUCGUGUGCAGACUGGUGCUGCUGGGAGGAUCUGGCACUGUCAGCUUCAUAGUCAGGCUCGUCAUGGUGGUCGCCUCGUUCAGCUGGUCCACGUUCGCCUCAACAGCCUUUUUGGCGGAUAGCCAACCUGCAAAUCGGAAAGCUCUGGUGGUGUAUCCUAUUUUCCUCUUCUAUUUUGUCAUUGGUUGGAUGAUUCUCACAUUUUCGCCGUCUUCUUGAAGUGGACCCUGAAGGGUUCUCCUAUUUAAACUUAAAAGCUGGACCCUUUUCUGUGCAGGAAGUUAAAAACAGCUGAACUCACUCUUUUUUUUUCUAAAUUGAGACUGGUUGUAAAGCCAGAUUAAAAAGAAAAAAAGACUUGCAUGUCUCGGAUGUAUUAAGGGCAUAACCGAACGCUUAUUGGUGGAUGCAUUAUGCUAAAGGUAUGACUGGACAUGGUUCGUUCCUCCCUUUAAGUUAAAUAUGUUUUGUUAAAACAGUACAAGUGCCAUUCUUGGUGUAAGGAACUUGGUUUGUUCGAUCCCAAGAAGUUUAGCCUUACUAAAGGAAUAAAGCUGAAAGGAAAUGUUUCGAAAAUCCCAAAUGCUUUAUUUAGCGCAAAAAUAAUUAAGUGUCAUUUUUUCCCUUUCUGCAAAUUAAUUUAGAAAAAGUGUAUAAAACUGAGCACUGUCCUAUACUGUAGUCUGAACUUUUCCAUUGCUGGUCUUAUCAGCUCUCUAAGCUGGCUUUUGUUCCAUUCAAGCAUAUAAUUAGUCUUAGUUUAGUUGUUGACAAAAUGGGUCGUUUUUCAAACCAAGUUAAAAGUAACACAAGCUGAGGACUCGCUGUUGAUGCCGUUUCGUUUGAACUCAUUUUGAACAUUUAAAGUAACCAAAGACUCAAAUUUCAACUCAGUUUUGGUUUAGCAAUUAGGAUUUGAAAUUUAUAAUCCAGGUUCAGUUUAUGUAUAUUUUUAUGCUUAUCAAAUGAAAGGAACAUAAGCCAGCUACUUUAUUAUGAUUAACCAUCAAAACAUGUGUCCUUCGCUUUCCAAGGACAGCAUGAUUAAAAGGUUUUACACUAUGUUCCUCUGCUGGCUAAAUUUGCGGUUAACAUGGUACCAGUUUCUCUGAAUUUGUUUUCAAUCAAGUUGUUCUUUUAAGCAGUAGUUAAAAGGUUGGCUAAAUAAAAGGUCAGGAUACGUAGUGAGCCGCCAGAGGCACUCCUGCAAAAAAAACUUCACGAAGGGCAGUUUGGCGCCGUUUGUUAACAUAGAUAUGUUGUUGUGUAGCACUGUCUGUCAUACUUUCCAUUCUGCAAGGAAUCCUGUUUUUUAUUAAAUUCAGUCCAUUCCUCUUUGCUUCAAAACAGUAUGUUAUUUCUAGACAAUUUACACGUGGAUCCAGUGGUGAAGGCCUGAUAUAUUUAUGGGAAAUAUAGAGAUUCUGAAAUUGUCUAUGUGUGUAACAUUUUUUUGUAUGUAUAAUAAAAGUCACUUCUGUACAUAUGUGAUUAUGUUCUACUUGAGGAGUAGUCUGUCCAAAAUGUAAAUGUGUAAUAUUUAUGAUUUGUUAAUCAUUACAAGAGUAUUUAUAUUUAGUUAUUAGCUGUUAUUCAAUUUCCAACAAUGGGGAAAGGCAUAUUCCAAACUCUUGUUUAGCCCCUACAGUAAUUUAUAUAUAUAUAUAACAUUUUUUUUCUAGACAUCAGAGAUUAGAAUUAAUUGAAUGCCCUUUGUGUUCCCUGUUACCUUCAAGGUCACGGUAACCCAUGUUCCUUUUAAAUUGUUCCCAGAUCUCCUAAUUACACAUCUCUCAGAUUUUCUGUAAUUUUUCUGAAAUUUUAUGGUGAGGUAUCUUCAAAGUCUUUGGAGGAAAUUCAAAAAUAUGUUUGUGAGAAGGUGAUGGAGGUGAGCAAGUGAGUUCUUUUUGAAAGCCAUGCUCAAUAAAGUAAUGCCUUAA